UUUCAGACAAAAAGAUUGUCAAAUGGCAGAAUUUCCUGGUUUUGGUCGUCAUUGCAACUUUGAUGGCUGUAAUUUGCUGGAUUUUCUUCCCGUUCGAUGUGAUGCGUGUAAGAAAGAUUUUUGUGGUUCGCACUACUCGUAUGAUGCACAUUGCUGUCAUUCUUUAUAUAAAAGGGAUAUGCAAGUGCCAGUAUGCCCAUUGUGUAGCAAACCAAUUCCAGUAGCACGAGGAGAACGUCCAGACAAACGAGUAAGCGAUCACAUCGACUCGAAUUGUAAAUCAAAUCCUGCGAUUGCAUUAAAAGGGAAAAUUUAUACAUAUCACUGUUCACAACGAAAUUGCAAGAAAAGAGAGCUUGUUUCUAUUAAAUGUAAUCAGUGCGGGCGAAAUUUUUGUCUAAAGCAUCGAUUUCCAACCGAUCAUGAUUGUAUGGAAGUGAGAAACGAAAGACCACUCUCAAAUGCAGCAUUAGCCGCACUGCAUCGCAAUAAAAAAAGUUACCGGAAUGAAUCAGUCACAAAAGAAUCACAUGACAACCCUCCGUUACCGGUUAACUCAAUGUCGGAAGACGAAGCACUAACACGGGCGCUGCAGGAACUGCUAAAUAAUUCCGAUGAAUAUAUGACUCUAGAAGAACGCGACAGGGCUGUUGCAGAAGAAAUGCAAAGAAUGGAAUAUCAACAGCAAUUGCAAGGACAGCGAGUUCCAGCAAAUUCAAGUCACGACAGAUGCAUUAUUUCAUAGUAAACUAAAUAUAUUGAAAUUCCAUGUGUGUCCACUGAAUAUAUUUGAAAUUCCAAGUGUUCUUUCCUAAAGUCAUUUUUACAUUUGGUUACAACUGAAAUCUUCGUUUAUCUGUUGAAAGAAAGGAAGUUUUGUCUCUCCAAAGUGGUGAAAUGGAAAAUUAAGCUUUAUGAAAUACUUUUGUGCCAUAGAUAAAUAAAUUCCUCUUUUUCGAAUUUCACUUCUCUGUUUUACAAGUUUCGUGAAUGACUUCACCUUUUCGUACUCUCUUGCUAGAUUAUUGUGCAUUCUUCGGGUUUUCGUUGUAAAUGCGAUUUGCAGUGACAACAUACUUGGGUUGUGUCAGAGAUAAAGCUGUACGUCUCAGGUUGUGUUCUUUAUUCUUUCAUUAUGCACAUUUCUCUGUCUACUUGCAGCUUUUCUUAUUUGUUCGUAUUGUUAUUGUAAUCUGAUUUUAAUGCCAUAUAAAAUUAUGCUUUUUAUAUUUUAAGACGUUAUGAUCGAAAUUACUCUUCAUUUGUUCGCUACACUUUUAUUAUAUUAAAAAUGGGACAAUAAAUUCGUAUGUGUGGGAUAAAAGGAGGAUCUCCGAAAAAAGAAUCUCG